AUGCUGAGAAACAAGAGGAGCGCGAAGAUCGAGGCGCAACAUGCCGCGACAACGAACGGAGCACCUGCGCCCGUGCCUGCGCCUGCGCCUGCAUCUGCGCAACGCCUAGCGAAACCACCACCCUUUAAGGACCAACCCGAGCUGACACCGCUGGAGACAGAGCAGAUGAAGAAUUGGCUUGACGACGCGCCUCGACCGCUCUUCACCGUAUCGGUUUCUGCAAACCCCGCGAAUAGCAAGAAGCGUAAAAGAGACGAUGAAAACAUUGAGCAGGAUCUGUUCGAGAAUCGCCUCUCAUGCAAGUACUCAGUGCAUCCAAAGGACAAGUGGGACAAACUACGGAAAUACAGAAAAUUCACGGGUAAGAGAAUUUGAAUGCGGCGCAAUAACGCGCGGGUACUAACAAUUCGUUAGUCGGCUCUGAGAGCAUUGCAAUAGGCGCAUGCGUCGUUGUCGUUCACGACGAAGACUCCGAAGAGGAUGAAUUCGAUAUGCACGCUCAGUGGAAGGCCAAAGUCCUGGAAGUGAGGGCGUUAGACUCUGAACACGUCUACGUACGGCUGGCGUGGCUGAAUCGGCCGGAGGAUCUGGAAGGCGGCCGGAAAGACUACCACGGCAGGAACGAGCUCAUUCCCUCCAACCAGAUGGACAUUGUCGACGCCUUGGCUAUCAAUGGCCAACUCGAGGUCAAGCGGUGGAAUGACACAAGCGACGACGACGACAACCAUCAGGUGGACCAGGAGCAGUUCUUCUGGCGGCAGACGUUCGAUUUCGCCGGAAGCAAAACCUUCUCGGUACGUCUACUACUCAGCGUUCGAGGGAGUUGGCUGACAUUGCUUUAGAGACUGAAACUCAUCUGUGUCGACAACAAGCCCCACAAUCCCGACGAGCUGAUCUUGCAGUGCUCAGCCGAAGGCUGUCGCAAGUGGAUGCAUGUCAAGUGCAUCGCCGAGAAAGCAGUCAAGGCCGCUGGUAAGCGCCAUAGCCCACAAUCGAAGCCAGGCAUCGUUCUAACAAUCUUGCAGAACGCGAAUCGAAGAAGAAGAAAGCUGAGCAGAGAGCUCGUCCCAAGAACGCCACAGAUAGCAACAGCUCCGUGGCGGUUGUGAAAGCAUCACUUCGUAGAUUCACUGCCGAAGUCUUCAUCAAAGGUCUCUCUAACGAUAACGAAGCGAACGCCGAGGCUGCAACGGAACACGAGAUUGUCAUUACGGAUUCCAAGGGGGAGAAGUACUCUCAGGCAUUGAAGUGCCUUCACUGCGACACUGAAGUCGAUGAUUGA